AAAGGGAUAAAAAAGCAAACAACAAUGGCGUUGAACGUCAUAGCAGCACCUGGGCGUCUAUCUUUAGCCACGUCUCUCACCUUCACUUCCACCAUUAAAGCAGCCUUCGUUACACCUUCUCAUUCCUCCGCACUCAGAACCGCCGCCACUCGAUUAGUUUUCUCUUCGUCAUUUUCAUCUCCCCGUCGAGGCUUCCACGGUGGUCGUAUUGUAGCCAUGGCUUCUUCUGCUCCUGGAUCUGUCAAUAAGCCUGAGGAUGAGUGGCGUGCGAUUCUAUCUCCUGAACAAUUCAGGAUUCUCAGGCAGAAAGGCACUGAAUAUCCAGGAACAGGAGAAUACAACAAACUAUUCGAAGAUGGCGUCUAUUGCUGUGCAGGAUGUGGAACUCCUCUCUACAAAUCCACCACCAAAUUCGACUCCGGUUGUGGCUGGCCAGCUUUCUUUGACGGACUCCCUGGAGCCAUAAACCGAACCCCUGAUCCAGAUGGGAGACGAGUUGAGAUUACAUGUGCGGCUUGUGGAGGACACCUCGGUCAUGUUUUUAAAGGAGAAGGUUUCCCUACUCCAACUGAUGAACGACACUGUGUGAACAGUAUCUCUCUCAAGUUCACACCGGAGAACCCAACCCUUUAAUACUUUGAUCAGAAAAAAACAUAUAGUUGUGUUCUGUGAUGCUUCUAUGUCUCUCUCGUACUGUUUUAUGUUUCGACGGCUAGGAAUAAGGUCGUUGAAUAAAGUCUCUAGACUAUUUUGUUUAUAAAUUUUUACUCAGGCUGGUAAAGUUAAUAAA